AACAAACAAAAAACCCUCAUACUAAAACCAAGUACUCUCUCCCUCUCUCUCAUCGUUCUCAAAACCCUAAUCUCUUCCUCCUCCUCAAAGCGGCAAAUCUUCGAUCCGGCGCAGAUGGAUAGGGAGAGACUCAUCAAAAUGGCAGGUGCUGUUCGCACCGGUGGGAAGGGUAGUAUGCGCAGAAAGAAGAAGGCAGUUCACAAAACUACUAGUACAGAUGAUAAAAGGCUUCAGAGCACCUUGAAAAGAGUGGGGGUAAACAGCAUCCCUGCUAUUGAUGAAGUCAACAUUUUUAAGGAUGAUUCUGUUAUCCAAUUUGUGAAUCCCAAAGUGCAAGCUUCAAUUGCAGCCAACACAUGGGUGGUCAGUGGUGCUUCACAGACAAAAAGAUUGCAGGAUAUUUUACCUUCGAUUUUCAACCAGCUAGGCCCUGAUAACUUAGAAAACUUGAAGAAGCUUGCAGCACAGUUUCAAAAGCAGGGGUCUGGUGCUGAUGCUGCUGGUGCUGGUGCUGGUGCUGGUGCUGGUGCUGGUGCAGUUCAGGAGGACGAUGAUGAUGUCCCUGAUCUUGUCCCUGGAGAAACUUUUGAAGCUGCUGCUGAGGAAAAGCCGGCUUCUGAGAAAAAACCGACUGCCUAGUGCGUUUCGGUACAAUUUUCCCCCUUCACCUCUUCUUGUUUUUGUUAUUGUUACUAGUUUUGUGGCACAUUUGAAAGAGAUCUCUUGUAGUUCAGUUAGAGACGCAAUUUGAGACCUUAUCCUAUUCUGUCAACCUGUGUGUAUCAGAUUUAUUUGAGUUGGUGAAAUGGCAUAACUUUAUGUUCUCACUGCUUUCUUA